UCCCAGUUGUCUUGAGCUAAACAGAAUUUUAGUAGUGGCAGCCAUCAGACGCAGAUCUCUGAUCUAACCUAGAUGACCGGAAGUACACGUGGCACAAACCCAAUAUAUAUCUCCAUCUCAUUUUCUCUUUCUGUUUCCCUUAGUCUCUGUUACCUUAUUAAUAAAAACGCAGACCCCAUUUUUGUGAGUGUUGUUGAAGCUCCUAUGUUGUUUUCGCCCACUUCAUUGGAAAUAACGAAGCUCUCUUAACUCAACACUCUUUUAUUAUUUUAUUAUUUUUAUUUUUUCAUUUUUUUUUCUUUGUUUUCAUCGCCACAUUUCUCAUUCUCCACCUCUACAUAUCUCUGACUCGGCCCCUUCACAACUAUACAAACCAAAGUCUCAAAGUAGAGGCAUUUUCUUUGUUUUUGUUGUUUCUGUUUUCGUUUCCUUUUUGGGUAAAAAAAUAUACACACUUUCUUCAAUGGCUUCCAUUCUGUUCCUCGUCCUAAGAUCUCUGUUGCUGCUGCCGCUGGAUCACAACAACAGAAUCAAAAGCAAGCGAAAGUUGUCUCUUUUCACAAUGCUUCCAAGUCCAAUCCUUCAUUGUCAUUUGCUUCUUCUUCCUUUUCUGGGCUUCAGAGCUCUAGCAGGAACCAGUCUGCUCUAUUUACAGUGCAUGCCAAGCUUAAUGAGGUUAAUGUCGAGAAGCCUUCAAACUGUGCCCCAGUAAGUGAGAAGCCAAAGUCUGAAGUUGCAUCAACCGAAGGAGAAGUUGAAUCUGCAGAAAAGAAAAUUCCUGAUGCAGCAGCAAUUGCAGAGUUCAUGACUCAAGUAUCUGACCUUGUUAAACUUGUGGAUUCAAGGGAUAUUACAGAGCUUCAAAUGAAGCAAUCCGAUUGUGAGCUGAUAAUAAGGAAAAAGGAAGCUUUGCGGCAACCAGAGCCCACUGUCUCAAUGCCACUGGGUAUGCCCCAUUUAAUGUAUGCACCGCCUCCACCGGCUGCCCCAGCUCCCCCUCCUGCCACUGCAGGCCCAGCUGCUUCUGCACCAGCACUUGCUUUACCUGCGCCACCAAAACCAGUCCAAUCAUCUCACCCACCACUGAAAUGCCCAAUGGCCGGUACCUUUUAUUGUAGCCCUGCACCAGGGGAACCACCAUUUGUUAAGGUUGGAGAUAAGGUGCAGAAAGGCCAAGUCAUUUGUAUCAUUGAGGCCAUGAAAUUGAUGAAUGAAAUUGAAGCCGAUCAAUCAGGAACCAUAGCUGAGAUAUUAGUAGACAAUGGAAAACCAGUUAGCGUUGACAUGCCUCUUUUCGUUAUCAUUCCCUGAGAAAUCACCUUCAUCUAUUGCAAAAUCACUCUGCAAUCGACUUUUGUUGAAUUUGGUGGGAGUAAAGUUUGUUAUAAUCUUUUUUUUCUUAUAAUUGUUUGAUGUUUAAGAUGUUAACAUAAAUUAAAAAAUGUAGAAGAUUUGAGUUGUGAUGGACACAAUCGAUGCAAAAUGUUCAGGUCUUUCACUUUUCUCUUCUAA